UUCUAUUCUGCCUGGGAAGACUGGGGCUCCACUCAGCCGGGAGACUAAAGCACUUCAGUGAGCGCUCGCUCGCUUGUCGCCGCCCAGCCUCUCCCAGCAAGCCUCUAGUAGAGCAACCCGGAGAGGUUCUGAGCUGCAGGGUGGAUAGGUGGAGUCUAGCUGGUGUGUCUCUGAUCUUGCUUCUUUUCUCUCAGUCCUUCCUACUUGUGUGAGAGCAAGGUUUUGAGCCAUGGAGCAAAGAGGUUGGACUCUGCAGUGUACUGCUUUCGCCUUCUUUUGCGUUUGGUGUGCACUGAACAGUGUAAAAGCGAAGAGGCAGUUUGUCAAUGAAUGGGCGGCGGAGAUCCCUGGAGGGCCAGAAGCUGCCUCUGCCAUCGCCGAAGAACUGGGCUAUGACCUCUUGGGUCAGAUUGGAUCACUUGAAAAUCACUAUUUAUUCAAACACAAAAAUCAUCCUCGAAGGUCCCGAAGGAGUGCUCUUCAUAUCACUAAGAGGUUAUCUGAUGAUGAUCGUGUGAUAUGGGCUGAACAACAGUACGGAAAAGAGAGAAGUAAACGUUCAGUUCAAAGAGACUCAGCAUUGAAUCUCUUCAAUGAUCCAAUGUGGAAUCAGCAGUGGUACUUGCAAGAUACCAGAAUGACUGCAGUUCUUCCCAAGCUGGACCUUCAUGUAAUACCUGUUUGGCAAAAGGGUAUUACUGGCAAAGGAGUUGUUAUUACUGUACUGGACGAUGGCUUGGAGUGGAAUCACACAGACAUUUAUACCAAUUAUGAUCCAGAGGCUAGCUAUGAUUUUAAUGAUAAUGAUCAUGAUCCAUUUCCCCGAUAUGAUCCCACAAAUGAAAACAAACACGGUACAAGAUGUGCAGGAGAAAUUGCCAUGCAAGCAAAUAAUCACAAGUGUGGGGUUGGAGUUGCAUACAAUUCCAAAGUUGGAGGCAUAAGAAUGCUGGAUGGCAUUGUAACUGAUGCCAUUGAGGCUAGUUCAAUUGGAUUCAACCCUGGCCAUGUGGAUAUUUACAGUGCAAGCUGGGGCCCUAAUGAUGAUGGGAAAACUGUGGAGGGGCCUGGCAGACUAGCCCAGAAGGCGUUUGAAUAUGGUGUCAAACAGGGGAGACAAGGGAAAGGCUCCAUCUUUGUCUGGGCUUCAGGGAAUGGGGGUCGUCAGGGAGAUAAUUGUGACUGUGAUGGCUACACAGACAGCAUUUAUACCAUCUCUAUCAGCAGUGCCUCCCAGCAAGGCCUGUCACCCUGGUAUGCAGAGAAGUGUUCCUCCACGCUGGCCACCUCCUACAGCAGUGGUGAUUACGAAGACCAGCGAAUAACAAGUGCCGACCUGCACAAUGACUGCACAGAGACCCACACAGGUACCUCAGCUUCUGCACCCCUGGCUGCUGGCAUCUUCGCUCUGGCCUUGGAAGCAAACCCAGAUCUUACCUGGCGAGAUAUGCAGCAUCUAGUUGUCUGGACCUCUGAGUAUGAUCCAUUGGCCAAUAACCCAGGUUGGAAAAAGAAUGGGGCAGGCUUGAUGGUGAACAGCCGAUUUGGAUUUGGCUUGUUAAAUGCCAAAGCUCUGGUGGAUUUGGCUGAUCCUAGGUCCUGGAGGAAUGUGCCUGAGAAGAAAGAAUGUGUUGUAAAAGACAGUAACUUUGAGCCUAGAGCCCUGAAAGCUAAUGGAGAAGUGAUUGUUGAAAUCCCAACAAGAGCUUGUGAAGGACAAGAAAAUGCUAUCAAGUCCCUGGAACAUGUACAAUUUGAAGCAACAAUCGAAUAUUCUCGUAGAGGAGACCUUCAUGUCACACUCACUUCUGCUGCUGGAACCAGCACCAUACUAUUGGCUGAAAGGGAAAAGGAUACAUCCCCCAAUGGUUUUAAGAAUUGGGACUUCAUGUCUGUUCAUACAUGGGGAGAGAAUCCUGUAGGCACCUGGACACUGAAAAUUACAGACAUGUCUGGAAGAAUGCAAAAUGAAGGAAGGAUUGUGAACUGGAAGUUGAUUUUGCAUGGGACAUCUUCUCAUCCAGAGCACAUGAAACAGCCUCGUGUGUACACAUCCUACAAUACUGUCCAGAAUGACAGGAGAGGAGUGGAAAAGAUGGUAAAUGUUGUGGAGGAGCACCCCACACAAAAGAGCCCAAAUGGCAAUCUCCUGGUACCCAAUAGCUCCAGCAACAGCAGUGUGGAGGGCAGAAGGGAUGAGCAGAUGCAAGGAACUCCUUCGAAGGCCAUGCUACUGCUCUUACAAAGUGCUUUCAGCAAGAACGUACUUUCAAAGCAAUCACCAAAGAAGUCUCCAAGUGCAAAGCUCAGAAUCCCUUAUGAGAGUUUCUAUGAAGCCCUGGAAAAGCUCAACAAACCCUCCCAGCUUGAAGACUCUGAAGACAGUCUGUACAGUGACUAUGUUGAUGUUUUCUAUAACACAAAACCUUAUAAGCAUAGAGAUGACAGGCUGCUGCAAGCUCUUGUGGACAUUCUCAAUAAGGAGAAUUAAAAUAAGUCUGUGGCCUCAGUUGGAAAUCUUCAUGCACCCUCCUUUUCCUUAGAUUUUCCUGGGUCCAGGAAUUGUUGUGUCCCUGGUUCCUAUGCUUAUAAUGUCCUUCACUGUAAUUUUACUUUUUCUCCUCAAACUGUUCUUUUGGAGUGAGUUCUAAAAUGAAAGCCAACUUCAUCAUUAGUCUCACAGUUUAAGAAUAUAUCUUCCCUGUCUAUCCUGUCUAUAUAAGUGAAGCAACUUCUUUCUAAAGUCACUGUUGGGAUACAGCCCUUUGCCACAGUAGAACAGCUCCUAAAGCCUCCCAAUUUCAUAUCUCACAAGAAUAGGACAAGAGUGGGAGAUCCAUUUUAUUUGGAAAAGUAAUUGACAAAGGUAGCUUGGGGACUACAGUUUAUUCUGUUCCCCUAUUUUUUGCAAUGAGGUUCUUUGAAUUUUGAUAACAAAGUAUUUAUAAAGCAUCUAAUGAAAAAGUUCACAACUAGGUUCAUACCCUAAGUCUUUCUACAACAUAUAUUGCUCAUGCUGAGGCUGAUAAUCUGACUAUUUUGCAGAAUCUAGAAUAAACUGGAUUACUUAAAUUCAAAAACAGAUCUUAAAAUUUAAUUAGCUAGAAUAGUCAUACAAUGUACCUCUUGACUGGAGUAGAGGUCUCUGUGGGUUGAAAGGUAGCUGUGACCCAUGUUGUAUAAGACUUGGCCUUCUAUUUCCCCUUUGUGCCUUGUAUGUUUUCUUUUUGAGCUACAAACUUAAAACUCAAAGAAAUAAUUCAUGCCAUUUUCUCAGAACAAAAUUAUUCUUGAGUUUUGGCAAAUUUGUUGUCAUAGUUUUAUUUAAUAACAUAGUUUUUGCUUAAUAACAAGGAGUCACUCAAAAAUAUAGAGAACCAACAGUAAUAUAGAGUAAUAACAGGGAAAAUGUUGGUAAAGCAGAAAAGCAACAAGGAACAUUUUGCAAGCUGCGUUCCUAGGACAGGUUCUUCUGUCUUUCUAUGUGAGUGGUCAUUUAUAGACACCACAGGAUCUUCUCUAGUCUGAGAGGACAGUAUUUAAAUUCUUACCAAAAUGUUUCCAUGUUUCAAAUUAGGAAACAGGUGGACAACACUGAGGUCUUAUUUGUACUUUCUAUAAGUUAUGCAGAAUAUUUCAGAAGUGUGAAGGACUGAUGAAAGUAUGAGAUCACACAUAAAACCUGAUUCUCAGACCCAUCUUCCAUCACAGCAAUAGCUAGCCAGAGAUAACCCCUUCCAAGUUAAGAUUCAAAGUCCAGCCUUCACUGGCUCACGUUAUUUUUUCUGCAAUAACCACUUUAUUUGUUACUACGCAUCAUCCAAUAGCCAUUUAUUCCUUUUUAAUUAUCAUCUGUUAGUUGAAGGAAGUAAGGUUUCAUUUUGACAUUCUCAUACACAUGUGCUUGUACAAUGUCUAGCCUGCAUUAGCAUCUCUUCUGUCUCUCCUUGCUUGUCCUCUUGCUCUUUACAAGUAUUCCCACUUCCAAGUCCAUGCAUUUUAUCUAGUCCAGAUUCCAUAUAUAAGAGAAAAUGUGAUGUUUGUCUUUCUAUGCAUAUAACUUUGCCCACUCCUAUACUAAGUGAAUCUAUAUAUGGUGUAAAUGCAUUAGGGAAAGUAUUUCCUGCAAUUAUUUCCAAGAAGUCUCUGACAUUAAUAAUUGAGUUUGCUAUGAGCUAGUUAAAUUGUUGCAUUUAUAAGUAAAAAGAGUACUUCAAAUCCUAAAAAUACCUCUGAAGUCUCCUUUAAUAUGAACACUUGAUCUUAUCUCACCUGGAUGUUUAUUUGUACUAUUCAUUAACUAGAGACCACUUCUCUUAAUAUGCCAACAUACACUCUAGUUAACUCUGUGUCUGUGUUCUUCCACUGAGUUUCUGUUUGCAAAUUUUCUACAAAGACUACACCCACUCCUAACAUUGAACUAGCUCAAAAAGACAGUUUAUUUGCCUUUGCUUUGAGUGGGAUUAGUAGCACAAAAUUUCACUUCCUGUUUCAUCAUUUGUAUAUAACAAAGCCCUCUUUAGAGCCUUGCCCUUGAUACCUCUGUCUUUUAAAGUUUUGCAUUGUGUUUACUAUAAAGAUUAAAUGAAAUGUUUACUAUUAUAGCACAUUACAACUGAAAAAGACUUAAGAGUUAUAACAUUAAAUUUCAGCUACUUAGAAAAGCCCUAAAGAAUGAUAUCACUAAUUGACAAUUAAUAUGUGAUUUAAAAAAAAUAAAAGAGUUGGAGGUCAACCCCACCCUUUCUUGGUCCUUAUGCUAAAUUAUGAAAUUUUCUUCAGCCCUUUCUAAUAAUAUAUUUCCUCUCUAAGAACCCCAACCAACUCAUGGGCUACAGCCAAAGGUUCACUUGGAUAAGCUUUAAUAUUUAGACAAUACCAUGCUUGAAUGUUUCCAACCUGAAGUAUAUAUUGUCUAGACAUAAAAAAUAUUUUUGUCAGUCUUUCUUAGUGCCUAUGUGGAUUUUUCUGAAAAUGUUUAAAAAAAGGAUAAUUAUAUAAUGUUACCCUUGGAAUUUUAAGAUAUAUUUUCUUUACAGGUAUUUAUAAUGUACCAAUGCUUUUAUCAAACAGAAUUUUUAAAAGCAUAAUAAAUUAUAUUAAAGAACCAAAA